CCCACCGAGCGAGAGUGAGGUGUCGAUCCAGUUCGGAGCCAGGACGCGCUCGUCUCUCCAGGAUAUAAAUCUUCCAAAGUGUUGAAAUUCCAAGUUGUCUAGCAACUUAUCAAUGUUUUAUCCUUCUCUAAAAUGUAAAAUGGUAUCAUGAAAACAUUUCUUCAGUAUAUGAAUGGAAAUUAAUGGCUAAUACAAGUAUGUUUACAAUACUUUUGAGAAAUUUGGGAAAAUAGUUAUUGCCCUCUUGUUCAAAAACUGGUAUCGUCUCUGAGUGGUGUUUCACGCAAUACUGAAUUAACGCUGCCUGAGAUGAAGUCGAUCAUUUAAUUUUAAUCUACGGUGCUUCGUUGCCCCUUUUAACUUAGUAAUGCAAGUAGACGUCAGAGCAUUGUGGGCUCUAUGCUUCACCUUCAAUUUAGUCACUACAGGUUCUGCAAUCAUGGUGGUCCCAUCCUUGCAUUAUCCACCGCCGGCCUCCCACCCCCCCAACUCCCAUCACCACCACUCCGGACGCCGCGCCGGGAGGAGUAGCGACGGCACCAGCAGCGGCAGCAGCGGGGGUCGACAGCUGGGGAUGAAUCUGAGUGACAACAGCAGCAGUCCGGUGGAGCCUAUCAAGCCCCUCCUCGAGUUGAGCUCCGGAGGUUCCGGAGGACCUCUGAUCAUGCCUCCGCAUCCCGUCUUCGACGAGGCGGCUCCAAAGAACGUCUCUGCUUUGGCUGGGAAUGCUGCCUACCUCCACUGCCUCGUGCACAACUUGUCCAAUAAGAGCGUUUCGUGGAUAAGACAGAGAGACCUGCACAUCCUGACAGUCGGACUCUACACGUACACAACAGACGAGCGGUAUCAGGUGAUCCACUCCCAAGGAUCGCAGGAUUGGAUCCUGAAGAUUAAAUACGCUCAGGUCCGAGACUCGGGAAUGUACGAGUGUCAGGUGUCCACGAAGCCCGUCAGGACCUACUCCGUCUAUCUCAAUGUAUUUGCCCCAAAGGCCGAGAUCGUCGGAGCACCCGACAUGCACGUGGACAAGGGCUCUACAAUUAAUCUGACAUGCGUGAUCGCUCACAGCCCCCAGCCACCAGCAUACAUUUUCUGGUACCAUAAUGGACAGGUUGUCAGCAACGACUCUCCUCGUGGGGGCAUCCAGGUAUAUGCUGACGGUAACGUAACAAACGGAUACUUGCUCAUCAAGAACGCACAACUGCCAGACACAGGGAAUUAUACAUGCGCACCUUCUAACACUGAUCCCACAUCUAUUCGAGUACAUGUACUGAAAGGUGAGUCACCGGCUGCGAUGCAAACAAACAAGGCAGCGGCAUCCUUCAAGACCCGCGCUACCAUUGCCCACAGCGUCUUGUCCUGCAUACUAAUGCUCCUCUUACCUUCUUUUUACACCAGCGGAUCCUCCAUAGUAUCCUCCAUAGUGGGGACCACCCUUAAGGGAGGUGGAGGGACCUGAGGUUUCUGUCAUCUCAUCCUGAGGGAGAUAUUUGUGUAAACUUUUGAAAUCUCCAUUCCUGGAUCAUGGUCCUGUUUGGAGGACUCCCUCCAAAUAUACUUUCAAGGUGAAGGAAAAAAAACUACAAAAAAAAGUAAUCCGUGUUAUUUUUGUUAUCCAAUACAUUGAUUUACAUCCUGUGAGUGUUUUGUGUGAGUGUAAUGUUAAGAUGGUGAUUUGUUUCUGACUGUGCGAUCACCUGGAACCUUUGUUUUCUUGUACUGAAGGAGUGGAGUUCUACAGCUGUACAUAUUUAUGCCAGGAAAUACCUAAUUCUUACACGAGAGGCAGACAGGAGGAGCUGUAUUAGCAACGUUGACUUUUUAUUCUAUCUUAAUUUUUUCAGAUAUAAUUUUUAUACAUCCUUGUGUUGUAAACAUUCUGGAAUAUUGCGUCAGGGUUAAUGCAAGUUUGCUGUAACAUGCUAGAGAUAUUUGGAGGCUCUUUUGAGCAGCAGUAGGUGACAAUAGUCCCCGGAAACGAAGAGAUGAAUUGAAAAUUGCCUUUACCAUUAAACGUCAAUAAAAAAAAAAGAUUGAUAUAACUUUUUGAAAGAUAUCUGUAAUAAUGAUUUGAGGAUGAAGGCAGUGUAAGUUAAAUCAAUUAAUUAGUUUGUUAUAAUUAUAAGCGUAUUCCUUUUAACUCGUAUGGGUAUUCAAUUACUGGGCGUAUACUAAGAAAAUUCAUUUCAUUCUACAGCUGAUCAGUUAUUGUAUAGAAUAAUAAAUAGCUUAUUCAUCAUAAUUUUUCUCAAUCUGUAUCAUAUAACUGAUAGUAGUUUCUCUCCUUUAAGACAUUUGUGGACGUCAAAAGGAUUAAUUGCUGCUCUACUUCUUCAUACGUCAGUUUUAUAGUAAAUUCAGUUAUGAAUUAGGAUUUAGUCUGCCUUUAAGUCGUUUUCUUUUUAGUACAAAGAAACCUGCAUUUCUAUGAAUAUUUAAUAUCCCUUUAUUUUUCAAAAUCACAAUUUUUAAUUACCAUUUACACUUCCAAAUGUCAACCUAAUAUGUUUAUAUCUCAAAAUAUUGUGUGAAAAUACUUUUGGUCUGUAUAUGUUAAAUUUUAUCAACAAUGUUAAUUCAUAAAAAAAAAUAAAAUGAAGAAGAAUGUGAUUUUGAUGAGAGGUAAAAAAUAUAUCAGUGAAUUACAUGAAUUAUAGCAAACAAAAGUCUCUCAGUAAAGAAAAAAAAAUCAUGUAACAAAUUUUUCGAUAAAAAAAAAAACACUGUGGGAAUCUGUACAGAUUAAAAACCUUAAAAAAUUAACCUUAAACAAAUUUAACGCCUGGAAGUAAAGCGAAAAUUUCAUCAGUAACAAAUCCUUCAUAAAUAUGAAAUAAUUUAGAUAACAAAAGGAUGAAAUAAACGAAAAUAAAAGACAAAACUAAAACUCGCUGUGUAUGUAUAAAGCAGUGGAAAUCAAUAAGAGUUCCAUUAUCCUUUACAUAUUCUUCGCCAUGUCUCACUUCCGAUAUGGACUCGGUGAACAGAAGUGAGCGAUAUUUCUACAAAGUAAUUUUUAAGACAUAUGAUAUAUGCUAUAAUGUCUUUUGAUGAAGCGUGUGAUGACGUCAUCUGUCCCUCUCCCGCCCCCAUUCCCCACCUCCGUUUUUGUUUCUCGCAUGUGUAUAUACCGUUGUACUAAUCCAUGUGCACCGUUGUGGUGGAAACUAGAUGUAUAUAUUUUGAUAAAGUCUAUAAAAUGGA